AUGGUUCGGCUAGCUCCACACGAGGAUCAAUGGACCGACGUUGUCUUGCUCGGUCAUUCCAUGGGUGGCUUGCUCGCUGCAGACAUCGCGCUAGUAUUUCGCCAUCGCAUCGUUGGCAUCAUAAAUUUCGAUGUUCCGUUCCUGGGCAUGCAUCCUGGAAUUAUUAAGGCUGGACUAGGCAGCAUCUUCAGUUCACCGCCAACGCCACAGGACGCAAUUGUGCAAGACGCCGACGUUGGAAAGAGGCCCAGUAGAAUGAGUACAAUCUUCAACCCAAAGCCUACGGAUCCCAAUUACAACCCGGCAUUCCCAAAUGAUGUGAAUCUGCCAAAUCGGAAGGGCUGGGAAAACAGCUUACACUGGCUUACCAAACACUACAAAGACGGUUUAAAAGAAGCCACUAAAGGUCUCGUCAAGUCUCAUUUCGAGUUUGGUGGCGCAAUGGCCGACUACAAGGAAUUGAAGAACAGAUACGCAAGGGUGCGCGCGCUUGAAGAAGACGACGAAAGCAAGAGAAGAUCUGGGUUUGGCCAAGGGCGCACAGUACCUCGCGUACGCUUUGUCAACUACUACACUGCAAGCACCGGGAGACCCAAGAAGCCGAAAUCUCCCAAGUCGCCUUCUCCAAAAUCACCAUCUCCAUCCCGCUCCUCCAAUCAGCAACUACAGCAUCAGGACAGCAACAUGAGUGCCUCGAGUGAGGCAUCGCGACAUAUACCUGCUCAAAUAGAGGAACAGGAGAGGUCGAGAAGUUCAUCGAUCACAUCGUCCGAGCCAGAGAUGACACACGUGCAUCCUGAACCGAUGGCAGAGUCUCCGCCGCUAUCCAUUAAAGUCCACGAGCAUCGAGAGGACGGUGUUGUGCCUGUCAGCCCUCAAGACCUCCUCUCGGCUACCAGCCCUACAGCACCUCAAACUUUCGAGGAACCAGCGCGCGAAGACAGCGGUCCUCCAAACUUACCAGAGAUCCCGCCUAUCCCGCAGGAGCCACCGUUCGUUGAUCUGAUGCAAUUCCCCGACAAGGCCCAGCGCAAAGCUGCAGAGAAAGAGCACGACCAGGCUCUUAAAGUAUAUCAGAAAGCUGUCAAGACACGCAACAAGACGAUCAACGAACGGACCAAGAUGGAAGAGAAAUGGGAAAAGGAAAAAGCGAAAGAGAAGAAGGAUCGAGAGAAGGAAGAGAAGAAGAGGCAAGAAGAGCGUGAGAAAGCCAGGAAAGAGCAGGAGAAGGAAGAGCAGAAGAAGGCCGAAGAGGCAAACAACAUGUCAGCAGAGGACAAGCAGAGGCAGAAAGAAAGAGAACAGCGACAAGCAGAGGCAGAGCAGAGAGAACAAGAAGCGCGACAAAGGCAACGAGAAGCAGACUUGCGCGACGGAAAGAUACCCGCAGAAGACAAAGCCUCACCAAAACGUGCUACCACCACUGACCUGGAAGAGGACAUUGGUGCCAUUGAACUGGGCGACUCCGAACCAGCCCACCACAACCCCCAACAUCCAUACGCCAACUACCAGUUCUCGCGCAGCGGCAUCAUGCGUCAAGACACACCAGACAACCGCGCCGACUCCUCCUACACCCUUUCCACAACGGACAGCCAGAAUAGCCAUCGAUCAAAGACUGAGUCUGAAGGAAGCGCGCCUGCCAAACCAAAGAAGCUCAAGAAAUUCUGCAUGCUACCGCCGAAAGACGCGGAUGGGAAUAAAGAUCCUACGUGGAUACGCGUCUUCAUGGAGAACAUGGACGAGGUGACGGCACAUACCUCGCUUUUCUUCAUCAACGAGACGUAUGAGAAGUUAGUGGGGGAUGUGGGGGCGAGGAUAGAAGACUGGGUUAGAGAAGCGGAUAGUGUGAGGUUGGUGCGCGAGAUGAGUGAGGUGGGAGAUGUGAAAUCAUGA